CUGUGUAACUUCACAUGCACUGUUGCCAAGGAGAAUGAAGAGCAUUACUGAGUGCAUGGGCUUUGGCUUUUCAUUGAGGCAAGAACCUUGGGGUGCCAUGAAGACCACUCUACAGUAUCUGUGGGAUGUUUACUCAAAACCGACCCAGGCUGCCAAGGAGGUCCUGACAUUACUUUCUAUGUGUUUCAUUAUCGCCAUGGUGACUGGUGGUCUCCUCUACCAUUGGAUGACAGAGAUCCUGAGAUAUGACAGUGGUACUUCCAGCACUGCUGCCUGCAUCUAUAGCGUGGCCAUCCUUUUCCUCUCGUUCCUCUGUCAUCCUCUCCGUUGUGUGCUAACUAUGAUCCUGCCCACUCUGGGCACCAAACAGGGGCGCAAGCUGAUCAUUUCCACCUCUGUGAUUGUGUUAGUGUUGAGCAUCAUCCUUAACAUAACCGUUAACAUGGGAGUGGUGAUGCACGUUUUAAAGUGCACCUCUGAAGGUUUUGUCCACUCUCUUUUAAACUCAUCUGAGCUGUUUCAAGAAGCAAAGAGAGAUCUUGUUAGAGAGGCUAUCAAAGUGAAACAGGAAGAACUGAAUAUUGUUAACAGGUUGAGGAAAUUUGAUCAUUUUACACACAUUGAUGUGUCAAAGGUCAAAAAUAUGUUUGUUACUGUAAGCAAACAGAUUGAGAGUGACUUUUCACGUGCCAAUAAACUGCUGGAGGAUUAUAAACUGCUGUCAAACAGGAUUCUGGCGGCCAUCUUUCUAAUCUACCUGAUAGUUGAAUCAGCCUACUACCUGAAGUCAUAUGUCAUUUCAGUUAAGUUUGACAAUGUUUACAUCACCAGACAGUUGCUGCAAAAAGCAUCUGAGGAUGGAAUCCAGAUAGAGCCAACUAACUUGAAAAAUAUGGUUAAUUCCACAAGUUGUAAAAUAACAAAACAGGAAUUUACCAAAUGUCUUGCUCCCAUAGUAGUGGUGACUUUGUAUUUUAUUGUUAUUAUCUUCAUAAUGGUUUUGGAUCACAUUGUGUACCAUCUAGUUACAGUGAGUGGGCCUUGGCUGCUGGAUGUUCCAGCUACAUCUGUCAGCAUAGCUGUGAAAUAUAAGAUUCACCUGCGCUUUCCAGGUCUAUGUAUUAUCCCAGCUAUCUGUAGGGAUAUAGAACUGGCAAACCUCCACAAGCAGUAUGACUGGACAUUUAGCCCAGAGGCUUUACGCUGUUAUAUUGAGCCCUCUGCACCAGACCUGAGAGUGAGGGUCUUCCUGGGACUACUCUGUCUGGUGAGCUACAUCAUGGUGUUACUGGAGGUCUACGCCAGGCGCAUCCGCAGGAAAGUGUCUGCAUCCUUCUUCAAAAUGCAGGAGGAAAAAAGAAUGAAUUUCUUAUUGAAGAAGAUACAGGCGAAACAGGACACAAGAGAAAACAAUAUAUUUUUCAUUGAAGCUGUGAAUGAGACCCGUGUUCACACAAACCAAAACGUAAUUUGAAGCUUGACUUGCUGUCAUUAUAUGUAGUUUAGGGAGACCUCUGCUUUUAAUACGUUCCCUGCUCCUCUUGAGCUAUUGCCGUUAUAAUAGAUUUAUUUUAGAAUUUGAGAAAAUUUGUUGAUUCGAUUUGUCCAUAUUUACAGAUUGAACUGAUUCUGCAGUAUACAAAUGAAAAACAUGGACUAAAAAAUUUAACUUCAAAGUGAUACAAGCAUGCUUAUCCCUGUGUUAAAAUACAAUUGAUGAAUUCAGUGCCAACAUCCUGCUCUCCAUGAGCCAAAGGGCCUGUUGAGAACAGGACAGGGCAUCCUGUUACUGAGUCACAGUCAUAUGACCUUUCUCCUGGUCGUGGAGCACCCCUUUUACGCCCACAUUGCCUCGUCUCAACAACACUCAUGAAACCAUGUUUGCAGGAUUAAUCAAGAAAUAAAGACCAUAUAACAGACAAUCACAAGCGUUUUCACUCAAUGUUUUAUAUUGUGAAAGGUUGAUGCUUUUAAAGAAUUUGAUAAAAAUGGCUUUGAGUUCCCUUUUAAAUUAAAACUACUUUUAACUCCAUGUAAGGAACAAGACCGUUUAUUACUUUGUUUCUUACUGCAAGGGAGAACUCCACAAUCAACAGACGACUAGGUGACACCUAGCCCCACUAGGUGUCACUAACACUAAGUGCAUUUGAGAAGUUUUUAAGGGACAAAUAGGCUAUGAAAAUUCUCAGAACAAGGAGCGUAAAACAAAACUCAUUGAAAAUCUGUGUCAACAAACUAUUUGUCCAAUUCAAUUAAUUAGACUCAGAUGAAUGUUCAGAGGGCAAAUAUUGUGACACAUAGUCGUGUCAUGUGUGGGCCUUCCAAAUGUUAUUACAAAUGAAUGAAUAUAAUCAUGCUUUAAAAUGUGCAUAACAAUCACAAUUAUUAUUUUUGUGUUUUGGUAUUAUACCAUUUAUUAUUUCUGUUCAAUGAUGGAUUCGAUUGUGUGAAACUCAUUUUCAUAUGACACCUAAAACUUAAACUUUAUCUGAGAGCAAAAACCGUUUCUGUAUUUCUGUGAUUAAUAUUUGUACUUUUUUUGUCAUACCACAAAAAUGCUUCAGUGUUUUUAGCAGCACACUGCUUUCAACUCCCAGAAGGCAUCAGAAGGCACUUUUAGCUAGAGUAUUAUUAGAACGCCUGUUCAUCUAUUUUUUAUCCAGCCAUUUUGUCCGUCUUCUUUUUUCUUCAUCUUUACCUCAUAAUUCAAGACUAUGUGUUUAAUAUUUUAUGCUUUGUUGCU